UAUUUACACCAUGGACACCAGUCUGAUGAGGAAUUGACUGACAAAUUGACGCUCUCUCACUCUCAGGACUCAGGUGUCGCUCUCUUUCUUUCUGGGUCUUUCACAUUCUUCAUGAGCUUUUUCUGUUGAUCAUUGAGACUUUCAAGCUUCAUUUUGAUGGUGACCCAUUAAUCUUCGACAAGUUCCAUUUUGUGUGUUUUGUUCAUCUGAAAAGAGUCCAGGUAUAUUCACUUGGAUUGGAUGGGUAAGACAAUUCAAUUGUCUGGAUUCCCUUCGAGUGUGACUGCCGCAGAAGUUAAGGUAUUUGUGGAGGAACGUACAGGUGCAGGAAGUGUUUAUGCUAUUAAGGUUAGGAACACAAAUGGGGGUCCAAGAGCAUAUGCUAUCAUUCAAUUCACCACCACCAGAGAGGCUGAGUAUAUUAUCUCCUUGGCUAAUCAACGUUUAUGGUAUGGGCGCUCUUAUUUGAAGGCACGGCUAAUGGAUCAUGAUAUUGUACCAAGGCCAAGAACCUUUCUGCAUCAAAUAGAAAACAUUACCUUGCAUUUUGGCUGUCAGACCUCGAAGGAGAAAUUUUUAAUGCUGUGGAAAGCAGUGAAUGUUUCUGUGGAUUUUGGGACUGGAAUGCGAAAAUUACAUUUCUCUCUGUCCCAUGAGUAUGUGGACUACAGGCUUGAGCUUUCCUAUGAGAAUGUCUGGCAAAUUGAGUUGCAUAGUCCACGUGGUCAUGCUGCAAAGUAUCUUCUGAUUCAGUUACAAGGAGCUCCUCGGAUCUAUGAGAAAGAUUCACGCACUUCAGGACAUGUAUCUGAAGAUCUGUUUCUCAAUUUUUUCAAGGAUAUCUCUGAUGACCAAUGGGUCCGGGCAAUUGAUUUUACUCCAUCAUGCUGUAUUGGGCAGUCUUCUGCUCUAUGUUUGGAGCUUCCUCAUGGUCACAAACUUCCAAAUUUUCAGGAGAACUUUGCUUAUUAUAAAGAAAGUGAAGGAAAAUAUGAUUUGGAAAGAGGUUCUACUUUUUCUUGCAGUGAGGAUCUAGUUCCUGUUGUUGGUCCUCCUCCCGGUGUUGAUUUACCGUAUGGAAUCUUGUUUAAAAUUAACAUGUUGGUUCAGAAUGGUUAUCUUGCUGGGCCAACACUUGAUAAUAGUUUUUAUCGCUUGGUUGAUCCCCGUAGGUUUGAUGUUGCCCAUAUAGAGCAUGCCCUUGAGAACCUCUAUCAUUUAAAAGAAUGUUGCUAUGAGCCAUCGAGGUGGCUCCAAGAGCAGUAUAUUAAGUACCGCACAUCAAGGCAUCCUCCAAAGCCGCCUGCUAUAUCCUUAGACUCUGGGUUGAUGUAUGUACACAGGGUUCAGAUAACACCUUGUAAAGUGUACUGCUGCGGUCCAGAAAUUAAUGUAUCAAACCGUGUACUGCGUCACUUUUCUGAGGAUAUUGAUAAUUUUCUUCGUGUCUCAUUUGUUGAUGAGGAGUUCAAUAAAAUGUUUUCAACAGAUUUAUCUCUACGUACGUCUUCUGUGAACGAGGAUAGGAGAACUGGAAUCUACAAAAGAAUUCUGUCAAUUCUUAGAAACGGCAUAGUUAUUGCUGGUAAGAAGUUUGAAACUCUUGCAUUCUCAUCAAGUCAGUUGCGGGAUAAUUCCAUAUGGAUGUUUGCUUCAAGAUAUGAACGAACUGCUGCUGAUAUAAGAAAGUGGAUGGGCAAUUUUAAUUCGAUUAAAAAUGUGGCAAAAUAUGCUGCCAGACUGGGUCAAUCCUUCGGUUCAUCCACAGAAACUCUUAGUGUUGGUAGGGAUGAAAUGGAAAUUAUUCCUGAUAUAGAGGUUGAACGGGGUGGUGUCAAGUAUGUCUUCUCUGAUGGAAUUGGGAAAAUAUCUGCUGAAUUUGCCCGGAAAGUGGCUUCAAAAUGUGGCUGUAAAAGAACCAGUCCAUCUGCCUUUCAGAUCCGAUAUGGUGGGUAUAAGGGUGUUGUAGCUGUUGAUCCAACUUCAUCACUGAAAUUAUCAUUAAGGAAGAGCAUGUCCAAGUAUGAAUCAGAAAACACAAAACUCGAUGUCUUGGCAUAUAGCAAGUUUCAACCUUGUUAUCUAAAUCGCCAGUUGAUCACACUUUUGUCUACCCUUGGUGUUCAGGAUUAUGUUUUUGAGAAUAAACAAAGACAAGCUGUAGAACAACUGGAUGCUAUACUAACAGAUCCAUUAAAGGCACAGGAGGCUCUCGAUAUGAUGUCCCCGGGGGAGAAUACCAACAUUUUGAAGGAAAUGCUCAUAUGUGGUUAUAUGCCUGAUGCUGAACCAUUUCUUUCUAUGAUGCUGCAGACGUUCCGAGCAUCAAAGUUGUUGGAAUUGCGGAUUAAAACAAGGAUCUUUAUUCCAGAUGGAAGAGCAAUGAUGGGUUGUCUGGAUGAAACCAGAACCUUGGGAUAUGGUCAGGUAUUUGUGCAAUUUUCUGGCACUAGACAUAAGGAGUUCUACAAUGAUUCCAUCAUGUUCAGUGGCACUGGAUCAGAUCAGCGUUUUGUUGUUGAGGGGAAGGUAGUAGUUGCCAAAAACCCCUGCUUGCAUCCAGGAGAUGUGCGUGUUUUAAGGGCUGUUGAUGUGCCAGCUUUGCGCCAUAUGGUGGAUUGUGUUGUUUUCCCUCAAAGAGGAUCUAGACCUCAUCCAAAUGAGUGUUCCGGUAGUGAUUUGGAUGGAGAUAUCUACUUUGUCUGUUGGGAUCCUGAACUGAUUCCACCUAAGCAAGCCCAACCAAUGGAUUACAGCCCAGCACAAACUAUCCAGUUGGAUCAUGAUGUUACCAUUGAGGAAGUGGAGGAGUAUUUUGUUAACUACAUAGUCAACGAUAGCUUAGGAAUUAUUGCCAAUGCCCACACUGUUCAUGCAGAUAAAGAGCCUGCAAAAGCAAUGAGUAGUCCAUGUAUAGAGCUUGCAAAGCUAUUCUCAAUUGCUGUUGACUUUCCAAAAACUGGCGUACCAGCUGUAAUACCGCGUACUCUUCAUGUCAAAGAAUAUCCUGAUUUCAUGGAGAAGCCAGACAAACCCACCUAUGAGUCAUACAAUGUGAUUGGAAAGCUUUUCCGGGAGGUGAGAGAAAUUGCACCAAGUUCUAAUUCUUCUAUGUCCUUCACUAAGGAUAGGGCAAGGCGGUCAUAUGACCCUGACAUGGAAGUUGAUGGUUUUGAGGAUUUCAUCGACGACGCUUUCUAUUACAAAAGCAGUUACGAUUACAAGUUGGGGAACUUGAUGGACUAUUAUGGCAUCAAAACUGAGGCUGAAAUACUGAGUGGGAAUAUUAUGAAAAUGGCCAAGUCUUUCACUAGGAGGAGAGAUGCAGAAGCAAUUACUUUGGCUGUCAAGUCCUUGAGAAAGGAAGCUAGAGCCUGGUUCAAUGAGAAGGGAAGUGGAUUAGAUUCUGGAGGCAAUGAUGUAUAUGCCAAAGCCUCAGCUUGGUACUAUGUUACAUAUCAUCAUACUUACUGGGGUUGCUACAAUGAGGGUAUGGAACGAGAUCAUUUUCUUAGCUUUCCAUGGUGUGUUUAUGACAAGCUGGUCCUCAUUAAGAAGGAUAAAGCAAGUAUUAGAAGGGCUCUACGCCUAUCUUCUCUGGAGGACCAUUUCAGUCAUGGAUUGCAUUUGAGCUGAGAAAUUUGCAUUUGUUGUCACCUUGGAAACGUUUGAUGAUCUCUGUAUGUGUUUUUUUCUUCUUCUUUCUUACACCCAAGUAUGUGUAUGUCAGUAUGUGAAUAGGAAGAACAUAAUUUAACUGAAGUAUGUAAGAUUUGCUUCUUUUCUUGGUGCAUAUUCCAUCAGUUCAGUCAGAUGUAAAUCUAUGGUUUCUUGCUUUUCUUGAGGUUC